GGCAGCCCUUUAAAAAAAAGACAUUUUUUGAAAGGUCACCCGUGGCUAACUGGCCCUUUAGGGUAUAGGAAGAAAGAGCAGGUUCCGACCUGGAGGUUCACUGGUCUGAAGGGAAGAGAGUGUGGGCUGUGGAGGAGAACGUGUGAAAAAGCGAAAGCAACAGAAAAAGUGAAAGGGGUUGUCAUCAUGAGGAGGUGGGCAUAGUAACCCCUGAGCUCCUCCCUAGGUAUCACCUCUGCUCCCCACCCCACCCACCCUAAUCCUCCUGGCACAAUAUCAUGUCUCAGGAAAGUGAGCACGGGAAAUGGACAGUGUCUAGUAGCGAUGAUGAGAGUGCAGGGGAACAAACGAACAGCGAGAUGCCGUCCACCUCUUUGCUGCAGCAAACUGGGCAAGAGAAGGGUCCCCGUUACCCUUGCUCAGAGGCCAGGAAAGCUGCUCACAAAAGAAAAGCAUCUCCCCUGAAACAUAGCGAUAGGAGCUUUCUGCAGGAAGUGGCCCCUGCCCAGAAACAGAAGCCCUCCCAAGAAGGUUUAGGUUGGUGCCUUUCCAGUAGUGAUGAUGAUGAAGACAAUCUGAAAGAGGGAAGGGGGAAAGGAGGUGCAGCAGCUGGAGUCAAGCAGGAAGAGCGUUGUGCUCCUAAGGGGAUCCUAUCAAACCACAAACUCCCACCAAGCCACAAAACAGAGUCAUCUGACAGAGUACAAGAUGCUUGGGAUCUGUUAAAUGGACAAAACCCUUUCAGAUUCUUCCUCACUAAAGUCAAAGGGAUUAAGGCAAGGUACAAUUCUGGAUCCCUACACAUAAAAGAUAUUUUGUCUCCCCUCUUUGGGACUCUUGUAUCUUCUGCUCAGUUUAACUAUUGUAUAGAUGUGGAGUGGCUUGUCAGACAGUAUCCAAAGGAAUUCAGGGACAAACCUUUAUUAAUAAUCCAUGGGGAGAAGCGAGAAUCCAAGGCUGCACUACAUGAACAGGCACAUCCUUAUAAAAAUGUUCGCUUAUGCCAGGCAAAGUUGGAUAUUGCCUUUGGAACACACCACACGAAAAUGAUGUUGUUACAUUAUGAAGAAGGGCUUCGCGUGGUGAUACAUACAUCCAACCUUAUUGAUGAUGAUUGGUACCAGAAAACACAAGGAAUAUGGCUAAGCCCUCUGUAUCCAAAACUGCCACUUGGAGCUGCUGAGUCUGCUGGUGAAUCUCAUACCAAUUUUAAGUGUGACCUAAUAGGCUAUUUGAGGUCUUACAGUUCUCCUACUCUCAAUGAAUGGGUUGAAAUAAUCAAGCAGCAUGAUCUUUCAGAGACAAGAGUAUAUCUUCUUGGGUCAACUCCAGGUCGAUACCAAGGCAGUGAAAAAGAGAAAUGGGGUCACCUUAGACUUAGAAAGCUUUUGAAAGAGCAUGCAACACAGCUACCUGAUCACCAUUCUUGGCCUAUAAUAGGACAGUUCUCGAGCAUUGGAUCUUUGGGAGCUGAUCAGUCCAAAUGGCUAUGUUCAGAGUUUAGAGACAGUUUGAUCUCUCUAGGAAACAACACGACUCUGACAAAUCACGAUGUUCCUGUUUACCUGGUUUACCCAUCAGUGGACAACGUGAGACAGAGUUUAGAAGGUUAUCCAGCUGGUGGUUCUCUGCCGUACAGUAUACAAACAGCACAGAAACAGCUUUGGCUGCACUCUUACUUCCACAAGUGGUCAGCAGAGACGUCUGGUCGUAGCCACGCAAUGCCACACAUUAAGACUUACAUGAGAUCAUCUCCAGACUUCCAGAAGAUUGCAUGGUUUCUAGUUACAAGUGCCAAUCUUUCUAAGGCUGCUUGGGGAGUGUUUGAGAAAAAUGGCACACAGCAGAUGAUCCGAUCAUAUGAGCUAGGAGUCCUCUUCCUGCCAUCAGAAUUUGGCUUGGAAGCAGGCUACUUCCAAGUGAAGGAAAACAUGUUUUCUGAUGAGCCAGUGUUAUCGUUUCCUGUACCUUAUGAUCUGCCCCCAGAGAAGUAUGAAAGCAAAGAUCGCCCAUGGAUUUGGAACAUUCCCUACACCAAAGCGCCUGACACACAUGGAAAUAUGUGGGUCCCUAAAUGAAUAGCCCAAGUUCACUCUGAAACUUCAGCAUCUUUAAAUAUGAGCCGAUUCAUAUACCUGUGGGACUUGCUGGUUUUAAUAACAUGGACUUUUACGCAGGAUGUAAACUAGCUUCUCUAUUUAAAAAGUACAUUUUUUAAUAGAUUGAGAACAUUUUGGAUAAAAUAAUGGGCAUGUAGAUUAAUAUUGUUAGAGCUUAUGAUAAUACAGUGCUUUUAAAAUUGAAUUUAUAAACAUCAUUACUCUAUUUUGAAAUGACCAUGUCAAUUGGGUAAGACUAUCUUUGUACUGAGCGUGAAUAUUUUCAACCCUGUUCCUUCUUUAUCCUGGAAACAGUGGCCCUGAUGAAGGAGAAUUUGUGCAGAAUUGAAAUAAAGUGAAUAAAAGUUCUUGGUUUCUUCGGUCA